AUGCGCAUUACGGAGUUAGAGCAGCGAUGCCCCUCCGAGGGGGCUGCAGCUGCAGCAGCGACGGCGGCGGCGGCGCCAGAAGCGAAGGUGAUAGCGGAGUCGGAGUCGGAGUCGGAAUCGGAGUCGAGUGGCGAGGACGAGGCGUCGACGGCCGAGGGGGCCAAAGGAGGGUCCGCGGAGGUCCAAAAGGAGGAGGCGGCAGUGGCGGCGGCGGAGGAGGUGGAGGAGCGCACGGAGCUGCCGCAGGCGCCGUUCGCGCCGGCGCCCGUGCCGCCGCCGUCCUCGCCGCGCGCGUCGGCGCGCCCGCGCCAGACGCGCGCGCAGCUGGACGAGGAGCUGGCGGAGCAAAAGCGCUCCCUCAUGCGUGCGCUCGCCAGCACGCUCAACAUCGUGCAGGACACGCGCAAGGAAGUGGUUAUGGUGGCAUGCUCCACGAUGAAGGUGGAUCCGGCCACCCUCCUAAAUGAUCCCGAACCUAAGACUGAAGAGAACGAAUCAAAAGACGCUGAAAUGAAGCCUUCAGGGAACGAAGAAAAAUCGAGCCAGCCUAAUCCCGCCCUCUUCGCCAACCCCGGUCCGAGAAAACCAAGAAGUCUGGAAGAGGUUAAAGCAUGGCUUCAAAGUUCUGGACAUAAAGGCUUGUCGAAGCUAUCACCAUCUGGAGGCGCAACGAAUUUGGAGGACCGCAAGAAAAUUCCUCAAAAACUAGGGCGAUCCACUCUGAGCUGCCAAAACUUGUCCGAUCGUACUGGACAAAAUGAAAUUAGGGAUUAUCAAAAAGGUGCCCGUGAGCAACCAACAAAUACUUCCUGCAGCAAAUUCACAGAAUUAGGUUUAGAAUACGACAAACGCACAAAGCGUAAUAAUCAAGCCGGUAGAGAAGACGAUGCGGCAGAUGAUCCGGACAAGAAAACUCUCAAAUUCAGGCACACAAAAACCCACUGUCACUCAGUUGAACCUCCUGUAGCGCCUUUGCAUGGAAGCAUUGGGGAGGAGUUUUCCAGAAUAUUUGGCAAGAAACCCAAAAAUGACUCCGAAAGUGGUAUGGAUACUUUUUUUCAGGAAGCAAUGGAAACUUUUGUUACGGAAACAUUGGCAAAUAGUACGUGUGAAGAGAAAAAACACAGAAAAGCCCGCUCGAAAACACGUCAUAUUCUGAAGGAAGAGAAAAAGGAGCGAGUGUCAAGAUGGGCGUCCGUAGAUACUGCAGAGAUAUCGGCUCAUAAGAAUCGAAACAGAAAGGAACGAUCACCGGAAAAGAAUAACGAAAAAGUGCCAAAAUCACAACUGCUACUGCAUAAAUACGCAGCAGGAGAAAACGUCCGAGAAAUACUCAUGAAAGCCAACAGAGACGCAGAGAUCAUAAAGAAAUGCGGGGCAAAAUGGGCAAAUGAACGAUCCCCGUACGAAGAAAAAAUGCUGCCUCCCGCCCCCGCCCGCAGACGAAGAAAUUCGUCCAGCACGAGCAGAUUGAUCAAUCGUUACUGGCAAUAA